GUGUGUGUGUGUGUGUGUGUGUGUGUGUGUGUGUGUGUGUGUGUGUGUGUGUGUGUGUGUGUGUGUGUGUGUGUGUGUGUGUGUGUGUGUGUGUUUGGGUUUGGGUUUAUUGAGGGUUUUGCUCGGUUUGGGUUCAUUACAGUUCAGGUGAAGCUUUUUGAGUUCAGGUUAAAUUCGUGCUGCAGAAGGUGGAUUUAUUCUCCCGUGUUAAUGAAGCGGAGUGACGCGAUAUGAUCCGGAUUCUGGCAGGUGGGUUCGAACAUAAAUCCAGUAAAUCGGUUCGUUUUGUUUCUUCUGUGAGAUUUUAUUGGAGUAAAAACCUGAAGGCGGAGCGUCAGUGGCUCUGGUAAUGAAACACAGCCCAGUGUGAUUGGAACACAGCCCAGCUUCUCUCUGACAGGAACAUGAGCGUCCAGGAGGCCGGCGGCUCCGAGGAGCCCGUCCACAUCCUGACGGUCCACAUGAGUCCGUCUCUCGACACCGCCCAGCGCUGUAACGUCCGUGUCCGGAGACACACCACCGCCACGCUGGUGCUGGAGAACCUGGUGAAGCACUUCCACCUGGACAAGGCCAGGAAUUAUGAGCUGGUGGAGGUGAGGGAGCCGGGCGCGGGGGCCCGGGCGCUGCAGGCGGGCGAGAGGCCGGUGGAACACAUGCUGCUCUGGCCCCAGGGUCACGAGCAGAGCCGGGGGUUUUACUUCACCCUCCAGGAGGGUCAGCGGGACACGAUGAAGGACCUGUGCGGCCUGGCCGCGCUGAACGAGAAGAACGUGCUGGAGGCGCUGCGCCGCCGCUUCUACAGCAAACAGAUCUACACGUACGCCGGCGACAUCCUGCUCGCCAUCAACCCCUUCCAGUUCCUCCCCAUCUACAACCCCAAAGACGUGGAGAUGUACCAGAACCGCGCGCUGGGCCAGAAGGAGCCGCACGUCUUCGCCGUCGCCGACGCCGCCUUCCACGCCAUGCUGAGCAAACGGACCAAUCAGUGCAUCGUCAUAUCCGGGGAGAGCGGCUCGGGGAAAACGCAGAGCACCAAGUUCAUCAUCCACUGUCUGACGGCGCUGAGCAGGAAGGGAUGCACCAGCGGGGUGGAGCGCACCAUUUUAGGAGCGGGGCCCGUCCUCGAGGCGUUUGGAAAUGCUAAGACGUCGUACAACAACAACUCGAGUCGUUUCGGGAAGUUUAUUCGGGUGAACUUUUUGGAGGGGGGCGUGGUGAGAGGAGCCACGAUUGAGACGUACCUGCUGGAGAAGAGUCGCCUCGUCACCAGGAGGAGCAGUGAGAGGAACUAUCACGUGUUUUAUUACCUGCUGCUCGGAGCGACUCAGGAGGAGAGAGAAGAAUUCAGACUGUUAGAACCUGAACAGUAUCACUACCUCAAACAGGACGACCCUCAGCUGGAGGAUGAAGUCGUGAUGAAAGACGAGUUUAAGAGGCUCCAUCAGGCCAUGGAGCUCGUCGGGUUCCUUCCUCCAACCAGGAAACAGAUUCUCUCAGUACUCUCUGCUAUUCUGUAUCUGGGGAACGUGACGUACACGACGAAGCCGGGCGGAGACGGAGUGACGGUGGGACCUCCAGACGUCCUCCAGACGCUCUCUGAUCUACUGAAGGUGAAGGUGGAGCUGUUGGCGACGGCUCUGACGAAGAGGAAGGCGAUGACGGCGAACGACGUCCUGAUCCUGCCCUACACCCUCAGCCAGGCGGUGACGGCGCGAGACUCCGUGGCUAAAUCUCUGUACAGCUCCAUGUUCGACUGGAUCGUCCUGCGCAUCAACCACGCCCUGCUGAACAAGAGGGACGUGGAGGAGGCCGUUCCGUGUCUCUCUAUAGGUGUGCUGGAUAUUUUCGGGUUCGAGGAUGUGAGGAGUAACAGUUUUGAGCAGUUCUGUAUUAAUUACGCUAACGAGCAGCUCCAGCACUACUGCACCCAGCACAUCUUCAGACUGGAGCAGGAGGAGUACGGGGCGGAGGGGAUCAGCUGGACGCCGGUGGAUUACUGUGAUAACGAGGGCUGCAUCAGUCUGGUCAGUAAGAAACCCACGGGGCUGCUGUACCUGCUGGACGAGGAGAGCAGUUUACCUCAGGCCACAGACGCCACCCUGCUGGAGAAGUUCAAGCAGCAGCACCAGGAGAACCGGUUCUUCGUUCCUACGCCGGUUCUCGAGCCUGCCUUCAUCAUCCGGCACUACGCCGGGAAAGUGAAGUACCAGAUCGAGGACUUCCGAGCCAAAAACACCGACCACAUGCGUCCCGACAUCGUCUCCCUCCUGCGCGGCAGCCAGAGCGCCUACCUGAGGCGGCUGAUGGGAUCCAAUCCCGUGGCGGUGUUCCGCUGGGGGAUCCUCCGGGCCGUCGUGCGCAUAGUGAACACCUUCAAAACCGCCGGCAAACUCUGGGCCUCCAAAAAUCCAGACCUGAUUCGCCGAUAUUCACGCCUGUCUCUAAGCGAGACCCGGAGACCGAGCUACGCCGUCGGACGACUGAUGAGCCAGCGCUCCCUGAUCGAGUUCUCCUUUGAUCAUUCGGAGGAGAACCCACUGGAGGUGCUGGAGGACAUCUUCGCCACGUUCGAGAGUAAAAAGUAUCCUCUUCUUCUUCUCAUGAUCACGCUCCGUCUUCCACGGACCAUCUCAGGAGGACCUCAAAAACCCAAACGAGCACAGAAACAGAACCAGGGGCAGGAGAACCAUGCUGGAACAAACAAAGAGCUCCAAGAACGAGCCAAAAGAAAUCUGGAUCUGAAUCUAGAGCUGGAUCUGUAUCAGCCUGAUGGAAUGGAGAUGGUGUGGAGAAGAUGGAGCAGCAUCGUGGAGGCAACAUUACAGCCUGAGUACUUGCAUGCCAAAAUCCUGCGUUCUGUAUCUCAGGCCGGGGGUAAACCUCCUCUAAAGGCCGAAGUGUCGUGUUUCGGCGUGGACCUCAGCGCUCUGAGCAGCGGUGGACCCCCGGCGGUGUUGGAGAUGAUGUUGGCGCACGUGGAGAUGACCGGUCUCUACACCGAGGGGAUCUACCGUAAAUCUGGGUCGGCAUGUAAAGCUAAAGAGCUUCAUCAGCUGCUGGAGUCUGAUUAUAAGAAGACUCGUCUGGAUAACUACCAGAUUCACACGGUUACCGGUCUGAUUAAGUCCUGGUUACGAGAAUUACCUGAACCUCUGAUGACCUUCAGACUCUACAACGACUUCAUGUACGCCGCCGAGAUACCAGAGAGAUCGGAGAGGCUUCGAGCCAUUUACAGGAAGCUGGAGGAACUUCCUGCUCCUAAUUACGGGACUCUGGAGCGGCUGAUCUUUCACCUGGUCAGGGUGGCGAAGGAGGAGCCGCAUAACCGGAUGUCGGGUAACGCCCUGUCCAUCGUUUUUGCUCCCUGCAUCCUCCGUUCUGCCGACAUGUCAGACCCCCUGCUGAGCUUCAAAGAUCUUCCCAAAACCACACUGUGUUUGGAGGUGCUGAUCCUGGAGCAGAUGAGGAGAUAUGAAGAGAAGAUGAAGGAGAUCCAGCAGCUGGAACACGCCGAAGCUCUCGCCAUCAAGGAACUCAAACUGAGGAGACAGAACACGAUUUUGGAGAAUCCCAAGGACACGCUGAACGUUCCUCCGGUGGAUGAAUCAGUCAUGGACGAGGAGAAAACGCUGAUGGAGAGGAUCAAGUCUCUGAAACAUGAGAAGAACAAGCUGGCGUACAGGCUCCCCGAGCUGGAUCAGGACGCGUCCGAUAACGAGACCCUGGACUCCGAAUCCAUCGCCAGCCUGGAGAGUCCGCUGGAUGAUAGUCUGGUGUUAGAAGGUCGGUGGAAUACGAAGGAACCGCAGAAACGUCCUGUCCAGGCUGGCGGUGGCGUCCGCGAUGGCUACGUAUCGACCGCUAUGCCAGCUAGCAACCAGGCUGUAAAACCCAGCGGAAGCGUCAUCAGCCUCGACAUUCCCUACAUAGACGACGACCUGUAGCGCUGAACUAGCCGAAGCUACACAUUUGCGCCGAUGACUUACGCAAUGUGCAGCAGUACUGCUAGCAUGGACACGCCAUCGGUGUCAUUUUUGUUUACUGGAUUGUGUUUAAAUACGCGACUUAAUGCUGUUUAGGUGGUUAGAAACCAUAAACACACUGUUGCUAGGCAACUGGAAAGCAGUACAGGUUUGCUAAUAACUGGAACUAGUCAUUUAGCUAGCUCGUAUUGCCAUAUAACUCAUUUAUUCAGGAAAGUAAACACAGAUCGAAAGUGGAAACGAUGCAGAAUUGUUAAGAGUAUCAACAUUUACCUCAGAUGUUCUGUUCAGUUCCAAAAAAAAUCAUUCCAAACGCCUUAAAUUACACCGUAUUUAUGUUAGCAUCAAACGCUAACUGAGGCUCCUGUGUGUUGCUGAGGUGAGAAACACAGCUGUUGCAUUGUGACAUUUUAUGUAACCAUAGCAACAGGUCACCUGACAUUGUUGCCACGGUUACAUCUAAUGCAAAAUUUCGCAGCUUUGUUUUGCUAACGCUACUCAGCUUGUGUUUGUUUACUGUUAAAAAGCCAGUUAGCUUUGCAAUGAAGCUCUCUCGGGUUUGUACCGUGGCUAAAAACAAAUAGCUAGCUAGCUCAAAGCUCCCUAAAAAGCUAUUAAACAUAUUUUGUGGUGUAGUGUUACCACAAACACAAACACAGAUUUAACUGGAUUAGCUAAACAUAAAUAGCUAGCUGACUAUAACAGUUAGCUCCCAUUAGUGUAUAGAAUAUAGUAUACAUUAAAUUAGCCUAUAAAUCAGGAGGUUAACACGACGCUAAGAUGCUAUUAGCGCUCCUGCAGAACCCGGCUUGCUGUCUAGCAUUAAUAGUAUAAUUUAGCCUGCGUAUCUGGUACGUUAGUUCCGUGAUUGUUUUAUAAGCUACAUCAAACACGGAUGAACUUUCUGUGUGUAUACAAGUACUGACUGUAGCUCCUCUGUUGCUCUGUACACUUUGACACCCCCUCUCAUGGCACAUUUACGACACCGUAAUCUGGUAAUAACAUAAUAAUGACAUGCUAGUGUGUGCUGUUCUGUGUAUGUAUGAGUGUAGCAGGUGCAGCAGUGUUGUUGGGAUUUUUAAAAACCUCUGUGUCUUUGCUGGAGUCGACCAAAAAUAUCAAGCCACCAGUAUGGUGUGAUCAGAAAGUGUCCGCUGAUAAAUGACUAUCAGUUGUAGCCUAGCAGUUAGGGUACUGGACUAGUAUUCAAAAGGUCGCUGGUUCAAGCCCCAGCACUUCCAGGUUGCCACUGUUGGGCCCUUGAGCAAGGCCCUUAACCCUCAAAUGCUUGGGAAAUAUGCUGUCACAGUACUUUGGAUGAAAGCGUCUGCUAAAUGCCGAAAAUGUAAAUGACAAGAGGAAGAUGAACUCCAGGGUACGUGUUCCUAAUAAAGAGAAGAAAAACCCAACAACACUACUGCACCUGCUACACUCCUACAUACACAGAACAGCACAUUACCAUGUUAGUGUCACUGCAGUACUGAGAAUGCUCCACCACCCAUCACUGAUCCAAUUUUUCUUCCUGCCUUUUGUUUUUGCUAAUGAUUUGAAGAUAAAGAACUGCUUUUAUUUUUGUAUUUUCUUAUUUUUGCACCAAAUUUGGAUAUGCUGGAGUCUCCUGUCCACUCUGGCGACCUCUACCUUCCACACAGUGCCCUCGCAGCCUUCUCCCACAGGUUUCAUAUCUCCGGCCGCUUCUUUACGCCAGCCUCGUAGGGAAAGUGCGUGUACCACGGUACGUGCUAUAUUCUUCAGUCCUUGACCAGACAGUAGGACCUGCUGUCUCAGCAAAUGUGUCUGUCAAGGUGCCCGGCCAGGUCGGCAGCACAGCCGAAGCAUGAUGCUUUAAUUACACAGUUAUUCAAAACCAUUUAGAGCCACAGAUUACAUCCAGCUCGCUCUGGGAUUAAAUUGAUCAGAUCAUUUUGAGUGGUGAGGAGAACAGUGUUGUAUAUAAAGAUGUUUAAUGAUUAAUGUAAUGAUUGUUUAUGUUGAUAUUAUUAAACUGGAUUUUUUUUACCUGAGUAUAUCUGUGAACAAUCAGGACUGGAACUCAUCACUGGAGCUGGAACAUCAGCAGAUCCUCACCGUUCAUAAUAAUCUCUGUAAUAAUGUUGAUCUUUGUACUUUACUGUGUAAUAAUGUUAAAACGAACAAUCAGCUAUAACACUUUAUAUUUUAUACAGAAUAAAAGACAUUUUUAAUUUCA